UACACUGAUCAUCAGUGCCCUGAUCAUCACUGUAGAUGUCCUCUGGGGCAUGUACACUCAUCAUCAGGGCACUGAUCAUCAGUGCCCUGAUUAUCAGUGUAGACCCAUCAGUGCCACCUGUCAGUGCCCAUAAUUGCCACCUGUUAGUGCCCAUCAAUGCCACAGAUCAGUGCACAUCAAUACCACAUAUCAAUGCCACAUAUCAAUGCCUAUCAGAGCUGCCUUUCAGUGCCAACUAUCAGUGUCAAUCAGUGCUGCCUGUCAGUGCCAGUCAGCGCCGCCUAUCUGUGCCACCUCACAGUUCCCAUCAGUGCCGCCUAUGCUGCCUAUCAGUG